AAAAAGCCCAGAAUCGCAUCAGCUGUUUUGUGUUAUAAAUUUGUUUUGAUAAACUUCGGUUCAAAAUUAUGGUUUUAGUCUACACAAUUCAUUAGGUUACAAUGCUGAGGUUGUGUCUACCCUCGCGAGCUGGAGUAUCAAGUUCCGGUUCCUUUGGGCGUAAUUUUUCCCAGGAGAAAUUCAAAAAACCAGAAACGCACUAUGAAGUUUUGAAUGUACGCAACGACUGCAGCACCCGAGAAGUUCGCAAUGCCUUUGUGCAGCUCUCCAAGUUGUAUCAUCCAGAUGUCAAGAGCAAUGCUGUGAGUCCCGAGAGAACGGCGCGAUUUGUUCAGAUCUCCGAGGCCUAUAGAACCCUGAUAAAACCGCAGAGGCGCCGGGACUACGAUGACAGCCUGCUGUGGCAGCCACCUCGCUCGGAUCGCAGUCCCGUGGGCGAAACAGUCAAUCCCGGCCAGGCUUGGGAUGUCAGACCCAACUAUGAUCCCAACCCAGGACCGUACUAUGGCAUUCGCGGUCUCAAGAGGGUCUCCAACUGGCAGGUGGCCCUAGUUCUAUUGGCCCUGGGCGUUUUUGGUGCCGUUUUCGGCUUUACCUCAGUCAGGACCUCCUUUCAACUGACUCGCCAGGUCCAGGACGAAAUCUCCGCAGAAGCGAAUUCCCACCAUGCCGCCGUUGUGGCCGACGCCCAGAAGUACGGCAACGAGGAGCAAGUGCGUCGCAUGGUGGACCGCAUGUCCAGGAGUCCUUUGAACCAAUCAUCGGCUAAAUAACCCAUCUCUACCUUUCUUUUGGUCAAAUUAAACGUGAAAGCAGACGGAUAUGUAUAUUU